AUGACGUUCAUCGAGUUAGAACCGGUGGUGCGAGCGCGCUAUCCGGACUUACCUCUCCAUGAAGCCUAUGUCGCAUAUCUCAAUGACGCCUUCAAGUUCCCCGCGAAAGUAGCGGAAGCGAUCAAACCUAUCCUACGACAUGGUCUGCCACAGUCACCUGAGCUGUUGGAGGCAAUCGGCACCCUCUUAGGUCACCCGGUGCCUGUUUUUCUCAGCCGGUUGGCCCGCAUAGGCAUGAACAUCAGUGCAAGCGCCUCAACGCCCGGAGCCGGCAAUGCCACCGCAAAUACCAGUGAGCCCUUGGAUUUGGCGACCAUGCUGGCUGCCGAGACAUUUGGAAAAGCGGCCGCAAGCGCCCAAGCUGCAGCUGAGUGCAUGGGAAGAGUUGCCGAUUCAGCAGACCAGGUGGUUAGGAAUAUCCAUGGCAUCCAUGUCAUUGGAAAUUCACUCGUCGAUCAUAUCAGCUAUUACGGGCGUUGGAUGCAGAAAGUCUCAGCCAUCCAAAUUGCUCAAGGACACCAGGUAAUCCGGGCCCUGGCCACCAUUGGAGAGCAUCUUGGCGAGGCCAAUAGUAUCAACGUGUCGGGAAGCGGAGGCCCCGACGGCUUUGCGAAACACGUCCACGACUUCAUCAAAGAGAAAAUUGGGGUGAUCCAGGAGGCGGAAAGGGACAAUCAUCGUUUCUUUGUCUACCAUCCUGACACAAACUGGUAUCCGGCAUUCUAUCGACUGAUCAUCGAGACACCUCUUCCGCCUACGUUUUGUGCCAAGUCAGACGACUUGGACACUUUAUGUCGGUACAUGCAAGAGGUGAGGGCGCAAUUGAAAAGGGAGUCGGGGCGUGGAAAAGACAUUAUUUUUCACCUGCUCAUCCCCUCAUGGUACUCCAUUUCCUUCGAGGAGCCCUUGCAUUAUCCCGAUUGCCUUCAGCCAUUCAAAGUUGAGGGGCGGAAGCACAAGCGCAAGGAGUAUGUUCGGUUCAACCUUCCAGCAGCGCCUGCUGGUCUUUUGGACGGUGUUGCGAACGUUCUCGACCCCAAAGGCUGGAACAAGGUAGCAGAAGGAGUUUCGACCGCCACGACACUGCCCACUGUAGGCUGGGGUAUCAACGGUGCCUGUCUCGCUGCCGGGUUGGGCUUAGGUUCUCUCACAGGAUUGGGAAUGUUGGUUGCCAUUCCGGUCUGGUGGGGCACCGCGUUGCCGGCUAUGGAUCUGGCAGCACCAGUUAUCCAGGAAACUGUGUAUAAUGCCCUCUGCGAAGAAGCACCAAGAGUCAAGAAAGAAGAGGGAGAAAGCAAGAAAGAAGAGGGAGAAAGCAAGAAAGAAGAGGGAGAAAGCAAGAAAGAAGAGGGAGAAAGCAAGAAAGAAGAGGGAGAAAGUAAGAAAGAAGAGGGAGAAAGUAAGAAAGAAGAGGGUAGAAGCAAGAAAGAUAAAGCUAUUUAG